UUAUUACAGUGCCCGAACAGUGUAAGUGUGUACAAGAGAUUUAAAAGUUUAGAAAAAGAAAUUGUGCUUGCUGCCUGUGGCUCCGCCUCGACGUGGGCGUUGACGUCACAUUACUACCCAUCAAUCAGCCUAUAUUGAUCUGUCAGUUUGAGUACUUCUGCUACGGAUUCAUCAUCAGCCGACUGGAGAGCUUUGAGAAAGGUCUCAAGACAAUGAUGGAGAUGAACUCUACCUCUUCCAAUCACAGCAAUACAACACAUGUAUCUGAGUCUGUUGACCAGCAUGCUGAGCUGAGAAAGUCUCUCUACACAAUGUCUCUGAUUGUUUACUGCCUGGCCUUUGUUCUCGGUGUGCUCGGGAAUGGAGUGGUUAUCUGGGUGACCGGGUUCAAGAUGAAGAAAACAGUUAACACAGUUUGGUUCCUCAACCUUGCUGUGGCCGACUUCCUCUUCACAGCAUUCCUGCCCCUGAGUGUGACGUACCUGGCUUUGGAUUUCCACUGGCCUUUCGGCAAGUUCAUGUGCAAACUGAACAGCACAUUAAGCUCCCUGAACAUCUUUGCCAGUGUCUACAUUCUGAUGGUGAUCAGUGUGGACAGAUGUGUGUCUGUGGUGUGGCCAGUCUGGGCCCAGAACCACCGAAGUGUACGCAAGGCGUCCUGUGUGAGUCUGGGUGUUUGGGUACUGGCUCUGAUUCUCAGCACUCCAUACUUUGUCUUCAGGGACACUGGGCCAUCACAUAACAAUGACGACAUCAUCAACUGCUUCAACAACUUCGCCCUUUCUGAUGAUUAUGAAAACCUGUCUGUGUUUCAGCUGGGACAGUUUCGUCAGCAGGCCGUGACCAUCACCCGCUUCCUCCUGGGAUUUGUUGUCCCCUUCACUGUCAUUGUCUCCUGUUAUGCUGUUAUAAUCCAUCGUCUCAGAAGAAACCGCAUCCUGGCCAGCCAGUCAAAUCGCGCCUUUAAGAUCAUCGCUGCUGUUAUCAUCGCUUUUUUCCUGUGCUGGGCUCCCUUUCACAUCAUGGCUCUAAUUGAGAUGGUGAAUGACAUCGCUACUAAUCGAAGUGAAACAUUAGACUAUGUCACCACUAUCGGGAUCCCUAUAACCAUCAGCCUGGCCUUUCUCAACAGUUGCUUGAACCCACUGCUGUAUGUGUUCAUGGGACAAGAUUUCAAGGAUAACGUCCGCAAAUCCAUCCUCAAUGUAUUGGAGAAUGCCUUCCAGGAGGAGGUUUCUCGCUCUCACACUGACACAAAGUCAGUGGACAGCAAAGAGAAGUCAAGUCUUAAUACUGAGGUAUAAGGCUGCCCAUGACAUGAAGAAAUAAAUACUGUAACUGUACAUAGUAAAUCAUUUUGACACAAAUGUAUGUACCAAAUUACUUUUUUUGCUUUUGUUGUCUUUAUACAAUGACAACAAGGUGAGCUGUAAACAUUAUGCCAGAUUGAAUCAUUUCAACCAAAUGUAGUUUCUUUUAUGAGUUUUACUGUUUGGUUGGCUAACUGAUCAAAGAGUAUUGCGUUUUAACUACACCUACAGAAUUUACAGUUUGAUGGUAAUAUUGUAUAAUAAGUUGCGAUGCCUUUUGUGGGCUAAACCUUUGUUGAACAAGGUAGUAGUGGAAUGUUUUUAAUCAUACAAAGAAAAUUGCUACAUGAGAUCUACACAGUCCUGUUGUUGGCUGCUCUUUGACUCACAGCAGUGCAUUCACUCUGCACCAAUUUAGAGCUAAAGGCUAUUGUAAAAUGACAUUUCCUGGACAAAUAAGUACACAUCAGUCAUUUAAAAAUAGGCAUUGCAUCAAUUUAAGUUUAAAUUUGUGUAACACAAGCAACAAAAAAUUAAGGUUUGGUUGAUAAAGGGAACUUUUCUCUCUCACAUCCACUACAGAUUUUGAUCACCAUUCCCUUGCCUCUAUGUGACAGCAAACAAACCAUGCAAACAACACAAGUCCCAGUUGUUUAUAGGCCAUAAUUGUAGACUAUAUUGAUAAUUAAAAGGCUGGCUCAUCACUAUCACAAGUAAUAUAUAACAAUGGCAGUUUGACAAAUAACAUUGUCACAGAAAAUAGAAUCUACAAUCUAAAAUAUUAUUUCUGAACCACUGCAAAAACAGCCAUAAAACAAAUUCAAUUCCCCAGCUACAAUUACCCAACCCAACCCAACUGUGGGCACAUGGCAGGCCCCACAGAAACGAUCUCUUGGUUGAUUGUAAUUUUGCUCUUUCACCACGUAAAUCACCUUGGAAUGUAUAUUUCUUAAAGUGUACUGAGUAUAAUGUAUAUUUCUUAAAGUGUACUGAGCAACUGGAUAUAUAUAUAUAUAUAUAUAUAUACAUAUAUAUUGUCUGAUCAAUAAAAAUGGACUUUACUAUGAGGUCAUAGUUUUAUGUUUGUAAUAUAGCAGCUGUAUGGUUUAUUUGGCUCAGUUGUUCAUCAUUGCUUAACAGCUGGACAACAGAAAAAUGGAAUGGCACACUUAUUCUAUAUGUAAGACUGUGGGCGUGAAUAUUGUAACAUGAACCUGUGUAUAAAAGCUUUAUUCUUAUGUAUUCUUAUGUACUAUAAAUGAUGCUGAUGAUGCUGAUGAUGAUUGUUAUUGUAGUUUUUAUUGCUAUCAUUAUUUUCCAUUAUUAAAAAUAUUAUUUGAACUUGA